AUGUCAUCAACAACAACAACACCAGAAACCAAGACCGUCCUGGUGAUAGGCGCAACCGGUAAGCAAGGUCGGGCUUUCAUCCGCUCCUUGCUCUUCCCUUCGGCAGCGUCAACACCAUCAUCACCCACAACGACAACCUUCCCUAGAUCCCAAGCUGAAAACUGGCGCAUCCUCGCCCUCACUCGAGACGCCUCUGCCCCACCAGCCCAGGCGCUCCUCGAAGAAGCCAAACAACACAAUGCCACGUCCAAAAUCACGCUUGUAGAAGCCUGCCUCAACACACCUUCCACCCUCCGGACAGUGUUUGAAUCCCACCCCAACAUCUACUCCGUCUUCGUCGUGCUCGCCUACCCUGGACUUGGCACACCAUCAACGGCCCAAAAGGAAAAAGCCCAGGGGACCCUGAUUGCAGAUCUGGCAGUGGAGUUUGGGGUCAACAUUUUGGUGUACAGCAGCGCGAUCCCCAUCGGUCCAGAUCCCAGCCAUGGGAUCGACGAGUCGAGGAAGCAGAAGAGAGAGGUGGAGUACUACAUUGAGGACUUGGGGAAGAAGAACCCCGGGCUGAAAUGGAUCGUGAUACGGCCGGGGUUCUUUUACGAGAACCUGGAGGGCAUGUUUGGGGCGAUUGGAGCGACGAUGUAUAGGGAUGGGUUGAAGAAGGAGACGACGCUUCCGAUGGUUGCGUCGGGGGAUUUGGGGAGGGUGGUUGCUGGGUUACUACAGAACCCAGAGCCAUACUUCAACCAGUUUCUCUGCGUCACGUCUGGCCCGAUGACGAUGAAAGAGGUGCUUGAGGCUCAUAAACGGGCGACGGGGAAGCCGAUGCCUGCUGCCCCGGGGUUUGUGGGUUGGAUCCUGCUCAAGAUCAACAAGGGAGCGCAGGAUCUGGUCAAGGAGGCUGAAAUCAACCAUGCCAACAGGAUGAGCGGGAAGUUGCCGACUUUUGAAGAGGAGGUUGAGCGGGCCAAGAGUGUUUGUGAGCUGCAGACAUAUGAGCAGUGGAAGAGGGCCCUGGCGAGCGGUGAGGGUGGGGGAGACGAGAUGUCGAGGAGGGUGAGCACGAGCAGCUGGAACAACUUGUCGUUGAUGAAGCUGUUGACAGGGCGGUCGUAGAUCCUGACACAGGAUUCCAGAGGGGUUUCCUUCGACUUCACGGUGACGAGCUGGCGCUGGGGGUGGUUCUUUGAUUAUCAACAAACCGGACGAGUGAGUUUGAUUGUGGACGACCACGUGCAUUUCAUAUGUGUAUAUAGAAGCCAGUAGAUAUCUAGGUAAAUGGGCAAACAAGGUCUUCUUUUUGAUUGCCUCAA